AGCGGCGGGGGUUGGCUCGGCCAUGGCGCUGCUUCCCGAGAGGCGGAAGACCAGCUCGUUGAGCAGCUGGGACGCUCCGGACUGGAGGCGAUUCCUGCGCCCGCUGACCAGCUCCCCUGCGUGGCCGGUGGCAACGAAGGGCAUGGCCGCAGUUUGGCAGCAGGUUUUGGCUGUUGAUGCAAGGUACAACGCAUACCGCACUCCAAACUUCCCGCAGUUCCGCACGCAGUACAUCCGCCGGCGCAGCCAGCUGCUGCGGGACAACGCCCAAGCUGGCUACGACCCCUCGAUCCGCAAGCAGUACCUGCGUCUGCGCAGCCAGCUCCUGGCCCAACGCUACGGCCCCCUCUCCGAGCAGAGCAGCUUCCGCGCCUACAGCAACAGCAUCAUCCGUAGCAGUCGCACGACCCUCGACCGCAUGGAGGAUUUUGAUGACGACCCAAGAGCACUGGGCGCCCGUGGCCACCGCCGCUCUGUCAGCCGAGGGUCCUACCAGCUGCAGGCUCAAAUGAACCGAGCCGUCUACGAUGAGCGGUAUGAGACCACCAGAGUGCCCAAGGUUCAGUUUGCCAACGACGACAAGCACCUCCUCGCCUGCUGCUCUCUGGACGGCACCAUUUCUGUAUGCCAGCUGGUGCCCACCCCUCCGGUGGUGCUGCGGGUGCUGAAGGGACACAGCCGCGGCGUCUCCGACUUUGCCUGGUCGCUCUCCAAUGACAUUAUCGUUUCCACUUCGCUCGACGCCACGAUGCGCAUCUGGGCCACCGAGGACGGCAAGUGCAUCCGGGAGAUACCGGAUCCGGACGCGUCGGAGCUGCUCUGUUGCACGUUCCAGCCGAUGAACAACAACCUCACAGUGGUGGGGAACGGAAAGCACAACCUCCACGUGGUGAACAUCUCCACGGGGAAGAAGGUGAAAGGAGGCUCCAGCAAGCUCACGGGCCGGGUCCUUUCCCUCUCCUUCGACUCCCCCGGACGGAUCCUCUGGGCGGGAGACGACAGGGGCAGCAUAUUUUCUUUCAUCUUCGACAUGGCGACAGGAAAACUGACCAAGGCCAAGCGCCUGGUGGUGAACGAGGGCAGCUCUAUCACCAGCAUCUCGGCCCGCUCCUGGAUCAGCCGAGAGGCACGGGACCCUUCCCUCCUCAUCAACGCUUGCAUUAACAAGCUGCUGCUGUAUAGGGUAGUGGACAACGAAGGGACACUCCAGCUUAAGAGGAGCUUCCAGAUACAGCAGAGCUCCCACCCGGUCCGCAGCAUCUUCUGCCCGCUGAUGUCCUUCCGGCAAGGAGCUUGUGUUGUGACCGGCAGCGAAGACAUGUGCGUCUACUUCUUCGACGUGGAGCGUGCUACCAAGGCCAUCGUGAACAAGCUGCAGGGUCACAGCGCCGCUGUGCUGGACGUCAGCUUUAACUGUGACGAGAGCCUGCUGGCCUCCAGCGAUGCAAAAGGGAUGGUCAUCGUAUGGAGGAGAGAACAGAAAUAGCAAACCCGUUCCUCCCCUCCUCCAGCAGGUGGAGAUGAGUACACGUACUGGAUGGGUUGUGGAAGGAAGCGACAGAACGGCAGUCCGGAGCCCUGAAAAGGAACAGACGGGCCUGGCUUUCUUCUUCCUCUCGCUGGUUAAUUUUGCACCCCCUGCACAUAGGAAAAACACUGAGCCUAUUGCUGCACUGAAAUAGCAGUCAUUGCUUCCCUGCUUUUCAGUUAGCGGAGCUUUGUACAGGCGGAAGGGGAAUCAAAAGACUACAUGCCACGUCCUUCCUUUCGUGCACGGUUUCCUUUCAUCAGUGACUUUUCCUGGAUGUUCUCUCCUUUUGACGGCAGCUACAACUGUCAGCGCUGUCUGCUGAAAAGGGGUUGGUAGACCUCUGGCUGUUAGUUGACAAGAGAGGAUCUGGAACCACGGGACUUCCGACUUGUGCGGGUGGGGUCUGAUGGUCACCGUUCUACGUACAGCCUGCUCUGUGAAACAGCUUUGGUUACCCAGUUCCUUCCAGAAAAGCCAGGUCCUGUCACAAGCAACACGAAAGCACCAGUCUCCGUAUUAUACUGAGGACCAAUUUUCUUGCCUCCAUCAGGUUCCAGACUGAGCUGUCGUCUCAGGAUUAGCUGGCAAGAUCUACGUUUCGGGGCUUGCAGACAUCUGAAGUUCUAACUCCCGACUUAGCAUGAGAAAAUCCCAGUUCCUUGACUCUUUUUCCACCAUGUCUCUUGGCGGCAAACUUCCAGUGAUUGAAUGUCUUCCCCCUUACUGAAAGGAGAAGGUUAACACCAGGCCUAAGCUAGUGCUACGAAGAAGCAAGUCCUGACAGUUUGGAAUGCUGCUGCUGUUGCUGGGGGUUGCGGAGUUCACCCAAGCUGCGGCUGGGAUACCCUUGGCAGCUGUAUGGAAGGACAGACGCUCCUGGCAGCCUGGGUCUAAACACGGACGAAGCCGAGUUUAUUAAGCUGCUGUGGAAGCUGUAUGAGGAAAACAUAGUCGUGUGCCGUAUGGCAUGUAUAGCAUUGUAAUAAGGGGUCGGGGGCAAGUUGUAAUGAAACGUCUCUGUAUUGUGGGUGUGGUAGUGUCUUCCCUACCGUUUUGUUUUUCUCUAGCGUGAACCAGGGGAAAAGGAUCUAAGUUUCAGUAAGCACUGCAGCACUGGGAAAGGUGACUUGUUCCGGUUUUUCAGAGAGGCGUCCAGAUGCUUAAAAUCUAAUUAAAUAAGGGAUAUUUCUAAACUCCCUUUUAAGUGCGAGAUCAGCAGAGAGACCAAUAUCAGUUGAAGUACAAGCUAGAUACAUCUUUAGGGUUUAAAGCAAGGUGCAAAGCCUCUUGCAAGGCUGAGAGCUGUGAUGUUACAGGUAAGAGAAUUAUGACAACGUACUAAUGGCGGUGAACUGAUGUUUGUAACUGAUGUUUGUAACAAGCCAUGUAAUCGUUCCAGCUCCAGGAAAUUAUUUGCAGGGGCGAGGGCACGAAUAAUGGAGAUCAAACUGUAAAGGGACAGUUCAAAAUAGCAUAGGAAUCCUAAAACUAAUUUCCCACAGUCUCAUUUAUGCAGAUGAGACGGCUGCGUUUCUAAUGAAUUGCAAAGGGCAGUUUACCUGAAUCCUAAUUUUUAAAAAUAAAUUGAUGUCAAUUUGACCAAUGAUAAGGGGUAUUUCCUCCCCCCCCCCAAGAAGGCUAUGAGCCUAUUCUUGCUGUGGCAUGUUCUAUCACUGCAAAACAUUAAGCGCAUAAGUGGAUUGUGUACUACCUGUAGGAGUCUACAGUUUUGGUACUCUGAGAUCUUGAGCGACUAGCACUCAAAAAACCUGGUACCAGGGCCAGUUCCGGUUCACAGAAGCAGGGAAGAAGUUGACCAAAAUGAGAUAGACAUGCAGGACGAGUUCUAAAGAACAUGGACCUGGUCACGACAGGCCACUGAUGGUGGACUGCUUGUGCCGCUGGCAUGAAGUUUGGCUGCUGCUUUUUUUCCUUGGACGGCUCCCUCUCGUUAGGAUAAAUUCUCAACAGAAGAUGUCACCUAGCGAAUCUCUGCCCGUUGACCACAGCAGCUCCACGUUACUCACUCUAAGCAGCUAGCUACGUCAGCAGUCACCGGUGUGGUGCUUUUCGGCGCCAUGGGACCCACCAACACCUUUCCUGGUACCCUCCAAGUGCUUUUGGAAAGUGGGCAGGGGUAGGUGAGGCUUUUGCACAGGAGGGCUUCUGA